CCCAAAGAAAAGAUAAAGAGCCUUUAAGUUUUUUUUUUUACCUUCUCUUCAUGGACUUGUCUGUACUUGAUAGGCUUAAAUGGCUGCAACAGCAGCAAAUGAUUUCACCUGAGUUUCUUCAGAUACUUGGCUCAGAUGGGAGAGAAGAGCUCAAAAGAGUUGAGAGUUACUUGGGAAACAACAAUGAUGAGCUGCAGAGUUUCAGACAUUUUCCCAAGUUUGGACCGGAUUAUGAUACUACUGAUGGCUGCAUCUCUAGGACAAGUAGCUUCCAAAUGGAGCCAGUGAAGAACAGUGGACAUAACAGAGCCAUUUCCUUGCAGAACAAGAGAAAACCAGAGGGUAAGACAGAAAAGAGAGAGAAGAAGAAGAUCAAAGCAGAGGAUGAAACAGAGUCAAGCAUGAAAGGAAAAACAAACAUGAGCAACACAGAGACAUCUUCAGAGAUUCAGAAACCAGAUUACAUCCAUGUCAGAGCUAGACGAGGUGAAGCUACCGAUAGACAUAGCUUAGCAGAGAGGGCAAGGAGAGAAAAGAUAAGCAAGAAGAUGAAAUGUCUUCAAGAUAUUGUUCCCGGAUGCAACAAAGUAACUGGAAAAGCUGGUAUGCUUGAUGAGAUCAUCAACUAUGUCCAAUCUCUGCAACAACAAGUUGAGUUCUUGUCGAUGAAACUCUCUGUCAUAAAUCCAGAACUUGAGUGUCAUAUCGAUGAUUUAUCCGCAAAACAGUUUCAGGCUUACUUCACAGGUCUUCCCGAAGCUGACUCGAAGCAGUCAAUCAUGGCGGAUUUUCGGUCUUUUCCAUUACAUCAGCAAGGAUCUAUAGAUUACUCAGUCAUGAACGGCACUAAAGAUCAGACAUCAUCAAGCUGGGAAACUCACUCACAAUGUCUUUACAACAGCUUGAGAACCGAUUCCGUUACAAAUUUCUUCAGCCUCAAGUAAAAAAAUUAGGGAUAGGCUCAUUAAAAAAAUCGCGGUUUU